AUGCCACCAAUUGAGUCAUCCCAUCUACGCUUUCUUAAUGAAGCUGCCCAGUGGUUGGGUUCACGCAGUCCGUCCACCUCAGCCCAUCUCUUAGGAGUUCAUACGCGACUCCUUCAUGAAGAGUUGAAACCUCUCAACACCCACCAAAAGAAACACCAUUGUACUUGUGGAGAUCUUCGAUCUGGAACUAAAGUCACUCGAGUAUCAUCUAAGCGACAAGGAAGGUUAGGAGCCAAGAGGGGAAGUGCUGUAGUGUAUAAGUGUUUGCGCUGUAAGCAAAGGACAGUACUUGUACGAAAGGCGCCCACUCAACCUCUUAAACAAUCCAAACCUCCCAAAAUUCCUCAAUCUCUCAAUACUACUACUCAUUCCAUUUCUGCCCCUACGAGUGCAGUGGCUUCCCCUGCACCAUCCUCAACUCCAGCAGAGACUUCCGCACCAGAAUCUACCUCCGCUGAUCUCACUCUAAAAGCUGCCGACAACGCGAAUAGCAAGAAACGAGCCAAAGCGCGAAAGCAAGGAGGACUCCAAGCUCUCUUGGCUGCGAAGCAAAAGACUCAACCCUCACUUGACCUCUUCGACUUCUUGCAGUGA